ACGACGGCGUUGCGCUGCUCCUUCCGCUCCCGUUCAGUCAGUUUCGCGCCUCAGACGACGACGGCAGUGUCCCGUCCACCCCGCCGCUCCCGAGGCCCCUGCUGCUCUACCGGCUCCGACUCCGCUCCACUCGACCGCCUCCAGGAUCGCCCUGGCUCAAGCCCUGGCUGCUAUGGGCCCAGUGGGCUCCGCGGGUCCCCGCCUCCGCCUGCUCCCCGUGCUGCUCGCCGUGCUGCUGCUGCAGGUGGUGCUGCUGGGCGCCCCCGCCGUGGACGCCAAGCCCAUGGCCAUGGCCAGCCCGGACCAGGUGCUAGAGCACAUGAGGCAGAUACCCCAGUGGCACUGUCUGCGCUACCGCAAGUUCGACAUGGUCGCGCAGCACAAGAGGUGUCGCCACUUCAGGAUGGAUCGCAAGCACUAGCCGCCUUACUCAUUGAAGUGGGGUGGGGAGCAAAGAAAAGCAAUCUGCAGAGUAUUUAAAUCUUCCCUACAUAUGGACUUCCAUUACAAAUUCAGGAAUGUCACAACUUGCAGAUUGCCACCUCAUGGAAAUUUUAAGAUAAAGCAUUACGGUAGGAAAAAUGAGUGAUCUCAUUAGAAUUUGUCGCUGCACUUAUGAGGGGUUGGUAUAAAAUAUUCCCACCACAAAACUCUUGAAAUCAAUCAAAAAAAUUAACCAUGCGCAAGCACAUCUUUGAUCAUUCCCUUUAUAGAAGUUGGUUGUUGGUUGAGGUUGUGAAAUAAGUUUUCCUAACUGUCUACUGAUUGAACACAAAUAAAAUGUAUCACUGACCCCUCUGUCCAUUUUUGCACAAAUUCUAAGUUGUAUAUAUUUUUAUACUUAAAAUUUUUCACUAUUAAUGUUGAAAUGCGUGUCAUGUUAACAAAUAAAGAUACUUUCCAAUGA